CCUAGGUGUGAGGACCCCUUUUCACAUUGAUGCUUCCGCACCUAACAAAACACAAGCGGCAAGGGCGAAGAGACUUAUGGGUAACAAGAAAGGAGUCUCGCUCGUGCGGUGUGGAGUGGGGCCUGUGGGGAGUGUAUGUUAUCAUGGAUCAGAAAUCGCGAAAAAUACGAAUGAAGUAUUCAGACUGUGAGAAAGGUUUUCUGUACAUUCACGUUUCAUGAUUGACCGUACUUUAGAUGUGAACAAAUGAAUGAGAAUUGACGUUUCGAUAGAAUGAUUUUUCUCGUCAAUAACAACCAAAGAAGAUGAACCUGUGGUUGAUGUUUGGGAAGAUGGUAAAUCCCGAAUACUUUGGACUCCCAGACUAAAUAUGAAAUAGUUCAAUUAUAUGAAGUUCCAUAUUUGUAUAUAUAUUAUAUAUUCAAUUUGUAAUCAUGGCGAAAGUGGAAAUUCAAGGAGGCGGAGGAGCCUCACCAUCUGCAGCGGGAGCUGAUGGAGAAUUACAAGCCAAUGAUGUAUAUGAUGAACAAAUUGAAGUUGUUGAGCAGUGUGUAGAAGAUAAAGAGCAGCCUGCUGUUGGUGACAUAAAAGAAUUAAUAUUUGAUUCACCAUUACCUACGUAUGUUCCUGUGCUUCCUCCAGGAUUUGAAGUUGAUUCAUUUUAUGUGUGUGAGGGAUGUGGUGACAGAUUUGCAGUUGAAUCUAGUUUCCAGUUUCAUCGAGAACGUCGCAGUCUCCUCAUUAAAUACGAUUGUCCCACCUGUCAGACUACUAUAACUGCAUACAACAGAUGCAAUCUUUUGGCACAUCUUCGAAUACAUGGAAAUACAUCUCGCCAUGCACUCGAUUGGAAUCGUGUGUUUGUCUCGCCUCUUCCUUUUGACAAAAUGUUAAUUGGUCCUUUGUUCAAUAUCAGUGAAUACGAUGAAACAUCUAAUGCGCCAGAGAUAAAAAGUCGAAAUGAUUCAAUAAAACAAUGUCCUGAAUGUGAAACACAUUUACGAGUGGAGCUUCGUGAUCACUUUCAGGGUGUAGGAUACAGUGGACCUGGUGAUCCAAGUAAUAAAUGCAAAUACUGCCAAAUGACAUUAGCAACCAAAUGUAGUUUGAAGGCUCAUGAACGUUAUCAUCGCCAAGAGCAACCAUAUGUUUGCCCUGAAUGUGCUAAAGUGUUCAAUAUGUGGGCAUCGUUUUGUGUUCACUUGUUUUACUGUUGUUUUCAUCUUGAUAAAUGCAUACGAUAUUGUUGCCCUGCAUGUAAUGCAUUUCUUCCUACAACUGUCUCACUUGAAGUCCAUAUAUUGACAUUACAUGUUAAGAAUGUGUUCAAAUGCAAUGCAUGUCCAAUAGCAUGUUUUAGCUUGCAAACACUGGAAGAACAUAAAAUCAAAGGGCAUGGUCAUACAAGCUUACCUACAAAUGCAUAUCAACAAUGUCAGUUAUGUCCUGAUAGGCUCAUUCCAAAAGCCCGUUUACUUUUUCAUGUUAUAGAGCAUGUGCGCAAGCCCUCUGUGUGUGUAUAUGGCUAUCAGUGUCCUUCUUGUAAAAUGUUUUUUCUUAAAAAGGGUGAGUUUGCUUCUCACAAAAGUCAAUGUUCUGAACAGACUUCAAGUCCUGCAGAUGUGAAUAAUGGACUUGUAAUGAUGAAAAUGAAAAAUCAGAAUGACAGUUUUUUGAAUUCAAAUAUUAUUAGUGGCCAUAUACCUAUUGUAGCUUCUUCUGAUGUAACGAAUAGCCAUAGAAAAGAUUCUCAAGUUGGGCGGACUGCAAUGAAAACUGCUGCUUGCCAAACAAAAGCAAAUGGAAAUCACAUGUCAAAGGACGUCAUUAAAAAUAAUCAUUUGACAGAGAAAUUAGAUUCAAAUGUGGAAAACAAAAAGGCUGAUGAAUCUGUAAGUAUUUCAUAUGAAUCUGAAAAGUCAGAUUCUUUGGCAACUUCAACAUCUGUCUUAGAGAUUAAAAUGGAGGAUGGAAUGUCACAAUGUUCAUUAAAUACAUUAAAUUCUUUCAAUUUGUGUAAUAAGUGUGGUAUGGAAAUUGUAAAGAAUGCACAAAUUCCAAAUGCUAGUGGUGCUGCUGCUCUUUGUUCAAAUUGUGUGAAGGAGAAGCCAUCCAGUAAAAGGACUCGUAGAAGUCAUCCGCAUCCUGAAACUCCUUUAAAAGAAGCAAAGGAGGCAGGAAAUAAUACUAAUAAAAAUUUAAAAGGCCAGUCUCCUCUAAAGAGAGGAAAGAACAGUAUUGCACUCAAUGGCCCAAAUAAAAAACUGCGUUUUUCCGCACCUGAAAGUACAGAGAAAGACAAAUACAAAUGCCACAUCUGCCGAACUCUUAUUGGUACUGAAUGGGAUGUUAUUCAGGAUCAUUUUGCCAAAGAACACAAAAAUUUUAAUCUCUUGGUAUUGUCUCCUCGAAUCAACAAGAUUGAAUUAGGUGACAAUGCAUCGGUUAAAACAUCUACCAUAAAUGUUGAGAAAAAGGGUUGUACUCCAAAUACCGGGAAAAAAGUGUCUGAAUCGAGUUCUGAAAAAAAGGGGUCAGUUGCAGGUGCUGAGAAAAAGGGGUCUGCUGUGAGUAUUGAGAAAAGGGGUUCUACUUCAAGUUCUGAGAAACGAGGAAGUGCUAUGGAUAAAAAGACAAGUGCUAUAAAUGCAGACAGAAAGGCAUCUAAUACCCCAGUGAAAAUUAAAACAGAACCUGUGGAAACUAAAGAAGAAGAGGAUGAACCACCAAAAAACCAAGAAGCAAGGAGUAAAAGGCCUAGAAGAAAAAUGCCUCCUCGAGGUGCACAGAAUGCUUCAUCCACAACAGGGAAUUCUGGUCAAUCAGCAGCAACAGAAAAUUCAGUAAAAAAUGAAUGUAGAUUUUCUUGCUUCAAAUGUAAAUAUCAAAGUGAUGAUGUUGAUACGUUUUGGACCCAUGUAGUUACUCACAAAACGGAUAGUCGUGCAUAUCAGUGUAUGGAAUGUGGGAUGUGUUUUGUUGUUAAGCCAUCAUUUCAGAAACAUUUAUUUAUUUCUCAUAAAAUUAAAGAUGUUGAUAAGUAUAUAAAAGAUCAUGAAUUGUGCCAUCAAAAACCAAAGAGGGAGACCCGCUCACAGUCGGAUGAUCCUGGUUCCCCUGGAGCUGAUGAUGCAGAAGAUCUAGAAGAAAAUCAGUGCAGAGUUUGUAAAAACAAAUUUGAAACUGCUGUGCAAUUAAACAAACAUUUCCGCACUCAUGGAAUGGCUUUCUUGCUUAUGAAACAACAAGAAAAUCGUUCUAAUAAAUAAAUGUAGAUUAUGUUGUUGUUGCAUAAAACACUUUUUGAAAGUGGAUGGUAAUGAUAAUCAAUUCACUCAAAUAACUAUUGUGCUAAAUGUUUUGUUGUCAAAUUACUCAGUGAAACCCCUCUAAAUUGGCAUCUUGGGGACUUGUAAAUGUGUCCAAGAUAAGAGUCCUCUGUUUAUCUUCAACACCCAGGAUAUGGAGGGAGACAAGGGGGCUCGUGACAAACUUCCUUAUAAUGUCUUAUUUUCCUUGGCAAGACUGAAGCCGUGAGGCACUUUCACCUAACGACAAUGGCCUGGGCAAACACUUUUCAACUCUCAUUCCAGGGUUCAAUCCCUGCCCAAUCCAUGUGGGUUUUGUGGUCAACAAAGCAAGCUCUGGGCAGGUUUGUCUAGAUUCUCUCACUCUCCUGCCUCUGAUUCCCCAUUGCUACAUUGUGAUCACUAUCAUUGUGGUCACCUCUUGGGCCUCAAUGAUCUGGGCAGUUGAAAGGUCAUCAAACUCAAAAAAAUAAAUCCAGGAUAUGGUGUCCAAUAUAGAGGGGUGUCGAGACAGUAAUUUGUAAAUAUUUCAGUUUUGUAUCUUAAGAAAUAGAAUUUUUCUCUAAGAUACUAAACUGGUUAAAAAUUUAUUUGUAUGACAACUUAGACAAACAGCUAGUUCUAUUUUUGUUAUGAAGGGAACUGUGCUCAAGAAUUGAUUUUUUUGUACACAGAAUUUUUCUUGGGAUAAAAUAUUAGUUAUAAACUAUUGUUUGAAAUUCUUUUAUUGAGACUUUUUUAAAUUAAAAUUGAGAAGCUCCUUUCCACAGCUGUGGUAAGAUCAUUGUUGUUUUCAACAAUUUUUUUUAAUAUCAAAAUUUUAGGUCACGAUGUGUUAUGAAAAAUGAUAGCUCUAUCACUCAAACUACAAGGUAGAACAGAAUUUUUAUUUCUCUGAAACAAAAAUAGCCUUUGGAUGGGAAUCAAAAGAGUCAAAAGUUAUUUCUUGCCACUACAAUAGUCCACUUGCAAAGAACGAACUUUUACUUCCUCUGCUUCUGCCCCUUAUUACUUUAUUAUUACUAUUAUUUGGUAUUUAAAGCUCUCAUCAAUUUAUUUAGGCAGAUAUAAAACUAUAGAUUUGUGAGAUGUGGGCUCUCCAAGAAGGAUAAUCAGAAGCUUCCUUGGUUGGUUGCAGUAUGAACGUCUGCUGUCAACAUGGAGAAACAGUGCAUCUUUAGAUGAAAGACAACAUUGGGAGAAAUUUUUCCUGAGCUUUGAUUAUGAUUGAACAAUGAAUUACUAAUUGAAGUAAUUAAUUUGAACAUAUUUAAUCAAAUUUUACAAUUUUGUCAUUUUAAAAGUUGAAGGCAAGACAGAACAUUGUAUAGAAAUUGAAAACCUUUUGAUACAUCAUUUACAAAGAUUUUUAAAUAAUAGUUAUUUUAAAAUAAUAAAUUGAUUUUGAAUCUGAAAAUAUAUAGCCUACAAUGUUAUCUAGAAUGAGACUAGUAAAAUUUAUGUUUGUGUAGAUCAUGAAAGUGUUAAAGGGGCAGGAGUAACAUCAAGUGAGGCAUGAUCUUGUAUUUAAGGUUGAAAGUUUAAUUGCGGCAUGAUGUAUUUAAAAUUGUAUAUAGAAAGAAGUAUUUGUUAAGACCUUAUUUCUAAAUUAUACGAAUCUCUAUUUCUGUAUAUUUUGUUUCUUCUGUAAAUCAGGAACAUGGUGAAAUGAAAUUGUUACUUUAUUUGUGCAAAAAGUCCACUUGUUUGUAGCAAUUUUAUUGAUAUUGGAAAAAUUACAACUUUUAUUGAGUUUUAUAUAGGCAAUUUGUAAGAUAAUUUCUUUUUGUAAUUUAUAAUUUGUCCCUUUUGACUUGGCUGAGUAGGAAAUGAGCUUCACAAUUUUUAAGAAUAAGUUUUCAGUAGAAGCUCUUUGCUGAAAAGUAACUUGACUAAAAAAGUGAACAAAUAUCAAUUAUGAACUUCCAUAUGUUUAAAACUUUGGUGUCUCUGAUCUGAGAUACUACGGUACCUGGAUUUGACACUUAGGCAGCCAUAAUUGCAUUUCAGAAUGAUGUGCAAAUGCAAUGACGUGAAUUUUGUUUUUGUUUUUUUGUAUUUAAGAAAUAAAACUGAAUUUUUUACUACUAGUGCAAGAUAUCAGUUACAUUUGUGUCAAAAUGUUCUUAAGCAACUUCCUUCCUUAGGUUUUAGAUCAAAAAACAUAUUAAAAAAAUGAAAGAGGAGAGGCAUUUUAAAUAAUUUAAUGAAUGGUAAGUGACAUUUCAAUGGAAAGAUGAUAACUUCAGCUGAAUUAGCCUGAAAGACAGAUUUAUUUCUGAUAUCAGAGAUAUUUUUAUUGUUCAAAUGUAUUUGCUUCUACCAGUAAAUUUUCAUAACAGAGGAUUAAUGAACAGAAGCCUCCUUCAUAUUAGUCUGAAAUUGAAAAGAUGGUAAUUGACACCCUCAUUGCAUUCAAAAUUACUAAGCCUUCAACCCAUUACCCUUGAAAUACUGGAUGGAAAUUGCUGAUUUCCUAAGAAUACGUUGCUUUUUAAUCCUAAUAAUGAUAAUUUGAUUUAAAAAUUGUGUAUUUCGUCUAGGGAACUCGAAACCAAAUGGUGUACUCUUGCUGGCUGAGAGAGAGGUCUGUGACUGUGGACAGGCAAAACCUCAUUCAUAGAAGAAUUGAAGCACAUUCACAUCUUUUGCCAGUUAUUACUUUUACCAAAUUGACAAACAUUUUUGCUAUCGUAAAGAACCCAGGUACCCAGAACCUAGUAUUGUAAAGAACCCUGACCCAGAUACAUUUACUUGGUUGCUACAAUGUGGCUGCGUUCCUUGCACAUUUAUGCCUCUAUUUUUUGCUGAAAACUUCUGUAGGCCGCAUGCCUUAUUUUGAUGGCAUGUAAGCGCAAAGCCUGAGCCUUUCCGCAAGGUCAGUCUCCUGGCUGGUGGUGUAUUAUUCUGCCAGGUGUAUUCACGCCACAUGUAGGAAUAAACAAAUAAAAUUGAAAAUGGAAAAUUGAUCGCAUUAUUCUAGAGAAGAAGAAAGUUUCUUUGUUUCGCCAAACAGCUUCUUUCUAGUGCACACGUUAAAAAAUUUAAAUGAAAAUUGAGCUACAUUGCCAGAUUAAUAUAUCACUUUAACAGAUAAUUUAGAUAUUCAUAAAAAAAAAUGCAAUAUAAUUGUAAUGUUAAUAAAAAAAAUAGUAGCUAAUAAAAUGAGGCACUGACAUAAAUUAUUUAAGAAAAGAAUAUUAUUUUCUCUAUUUAAAUUAUGUUUCUUAAAUUGUGAAAUAGGAAUGAUUUAGAAUUUAAAGCAAUAGUAGAAUUCAGCAAUAUGUCUACCUCAAUUUUCACUAUUAUCUGCCAUGCCAGUAUAUCAGAAAAAUUAAGUCUUCUCUAAUUUUAUCUGAGUAAUACAAAAUGAAGAUGUGAUGUAUAAUUUAAGUUCAGUUAUGAUAGUGUGAUGCAUUGUGAAAUCUGAUUUUAAAUAUUUUAACUAUCAUAUGUAUACAUAAGUGUUUACUUGUUAUUAAAUCCAUCAGAUCUGGUAGUAUCUAGAAGAAUAAAAUUGUAUGUUAAGUAAUAAAACAUUAUUGUAUUUUUUUCUUCUGAAUGUACAUAUUUUUAUUUAUAAAUAUGCAAUUUGCCUUAUUUUCUGCUUUUGAACUAUAAUUUAUAAUUUUUUGUGUGUGUCUUCUGUAUUUUAUUCAGUAGAUAACAUACAGCUGAGCUAGUGUUUAUUAUUAUUUUUCAACUAAACUUCUUGUACAAGGAUCGUUAAAAUUUGGAACAUUAGCAGAAAAAUGGAAACCAUUUCCAAGGAUACUGUGAUAAAAUCUUUGUGUUUUGAUUAGGUGCUAUAAAAUUAUUUCCAUUUUGUUCCUAUUGUUCUGCGUGUUGACCAAAUUUUAAAAUAUCAUUCUACUAACUAUGAAAAUAGACAGAACAUUUGGGAACAUUUUAAUUUUUUUAUGUUUAUUGUAUGACCAUAGAAUUGUAUUUCUUGCAACAACAAAAUUUUGGGUUGUUCUAUUUUGUACAAAAGUUGAUUUGAAGAACACAAAGUUUUUGAAAUUGUAAUAUUGACUCAGGACUAGAAUGAAAUGUUUCACCUAUGAGAACACUGAAUUAGUGUACUCUCUUUACAACAUUUACUUUAAUUGUUCAUCAUCAUCAUCUUGAACUGAUCAGAAAUUAGGCUCU